AUGGUGUCCUGCUCUGAUGAUGUCCUUCACAUGACGGACGAAAGCUCAGCAAGGAUUUAUCGGGGUCGCAGGGCGGUGCGUCGAGGACCUGUUCGCACAAAUCUACAACCACAGCUCCAAUGCAACCCACCACAGCCUCAGGUGGAACCAGCUUACGAAUCCCUUCCAUUCGCCUCAUCAAGCGAAAUGAAUGGUAUUCCAACAUGA